AUGCACGAGGACGGUGGAAAGCAUUUUCAUAUGGCAGUCAAACUCGACAAAAAAAAACAAGAUGGCUCGCGGUCAGGAAUUUCGUUGAUAGCCAACAUGGUAUCAAAAUGAACUUUUCAGAUAAUUACACGCCAAUUACUUUACUGCGUUUACGUACGUAGUCAAAGAGGACGCAGAUUAUGUAAGAAUCACCCAGACCUCGCUAAUGCCACGGCAUCUCGAACGACGAAUGCAACUCAAAAACGUAAGACGAAUUCUAAGAAACGAGUUGCUAGUAAAAACAAAAUGAAACUCUUGGGAGUUUACGACGUGGUUCGGAUAUUCCAGUCGAAAGGCAUAAAGUCGCGGGUAGAGCUUAUAGCUCUAGCAAGCAAGUGGCAAGAACAGGGGAAGACAGUUCUGGCAGAAUUUGUUUGCAAUCGAGGACCAGGAGUUAUGAACGAAGCCCUAUAG